AGUUCAUGAAGCUUAAUCCUAUGAAGUUCGUCCCUGCCUUGGUCGACGGCGACGCAGUAAUCGGCGACUCUUACGCAAUAGCAUUGUAUUUGGAGGACAAGUACCCUCAGCGCCCUCUUUUGCCCCAAGACCUUAAAAAGAAGGCCCUGAAUAUCCAGAUAGCAAGCAUUGUGUGUUCUGGUAUUCAACCUCUUCACAAUCUCACCUUGGUGAGAUUUAUCGAGCAAAAAGUUGGAACAGGGGAGAGCAUCCCGUGGGUCAAACAACAGAUUGAUAGAGGUUUCACAGCUGUUGAGAACAUGAUCAAAGGCUGUGCUGGGAAGUUUGCUAUGGGAGAUGAAGUCCAACUGGCAGAUGUAUUCCUUGCACCCCAGAUUUUUGCUGCGGUGACUCGUUAUCAAAUCGACAUGUCGAACUAUCCCACCCUCGCGAGGCUCUACGAUCAAUAUAUGACACACCCUGCAUUUGAAGCUGCGCUCCCUGACCGGCAGCCGGAUGCCCCUUCCUCUGCCUAGACAUAGGCCGGGGGUGAAUCAGUAGUUCUCACUGCUUUGUCUGUACCUGUGUGUGUCCUGUCCCGUUACUUCAAACUCUGUAACAAUAAGCACAGAACUUCCUGCACCAAGUGUAAAGUAACUACUGUAGUCUGUAUCAAAACAGUGAAAUAAUUGUGAUCACUAGCCUUUGGAUA